AUGUCGACAGCACCCGCGCCCAAGCUCUCCAAGAGCAGACCCAAGACGCCGCCGUCGUCGCACCCGUUCCUCAACGCGACACCGCGCACACCGUCGUCCAAGCGCGCGACCCUCCAUGAUGAUGGGAUCGGCGCCGACGGCCUCCUCGCCACCGGCACACCCACCACCCCACACAGCACACUGCCCUCCUCCGUGUCCAUGUACCCGACCGUCAUGGGCGAUGCGGGCGUGACAGAGGCGAGCAGGUCCGAGAGCACGUCGCGCCUCACCGCCGCCGACGCCGCCAGCGUCCACAGCGCGGCCUACUCGUUCUCGUCGUCACGUCUCCUGCCUCCAAACCCCGUGUCCACACCGUUCUCAGACAUGAUGGCAUCACAUAUGCCCGGCAGCUCGCCCGACAUUCCCCCGCUCCCACCCAUGCCAGCUGACAUUGUGCGACGCGUUUCCCUGCGUGACCAUGCCGCGCGGGUCAAGUACUCGCUGAGCGAGAGCACGGAGCGGCUGCGCUCGGCGUCCCUAGAAGACGGCACUACGGAAGAAGGUUCGGUCGAGAUGCCCCCCACGCCGCCCAGCCCGUCCCCGUCCAAGCCGGAGGGCUUCGCCCCCGCCACCUGGGCCGAUGUGGUCAACCGCCACUCGACCCUCCGCCUCGCCGAUCCCCCAACCAGGCCGUCGCACAAGAUCCGGCGCGUGCGCCCGCCGACGCUGCACGACGCCGAGAUAGCAUCGACCUCGGCCGAGUCGGCGAGCCCGGUGCGCAGCCUCGCGCCUGCACCGUCGUUCAAGCGCCGCUCGCUCCGCAUCCAGCGCAUCCUCGUGCCUGGGCCUGGCCGUCCAGGCGUCACGCUGCCCGAGCACAACGCCGACAUUGACAAGGAACUGCCCCCCACGCCGCACACUGCGAGCACGAUCGGCACAAUGAGUCCCCCGGGCACGGCACGCUGGAUGUCCAGCGCAGCCAUGGCGUCCAGGGUGUCCCUUGCGGCGUGGGACGAGGACAUGCCGCCUGCAUCGGCGCCGCCUGAUGUCCCAGAGCACCCCGUUCGUGUGGCGCCACCACCACCGCCAGCCAAGUCAAGAGAGCCGUUUGCACUCCACCCUCUGCUUGUCGCCACGCAGUCACAUUCGAAGAGCAAGCACAGGAGAUCGCUAUCCAACCCCCUCGCGAUCAAGAUCCCCGGCGUUGAGACAUGGUCAGACAGCGGGCACACAUUCGGGCAUGGCAUUGAGGCGCCCGAGGGCACCACGGGCACUGGCUCCCGCCGCAGCCGCCGGUCCAACUCGAUGUCGCAGGCUGUGGCGUCGUAUGCGGCCGCCAUGCGUGAAGGUGCCAAGUCUCCGACGUCACCAACACACCGCAGCAUGGCCGACGCGUUCACCGCACUCUCGCUCGGCUCGGGAAGCGGUCACGCCGACAACCUCGCCAGCAGCCUCGGUGGUGGCCUGGGCGACACGUUUGACCGGGCCCGUAGGCUGCAGGAGGACAUUGACAAGCGCACCAGCAUCGCACAGAAUAGCCUCGAGGAGGGCAGCAGUGCCCCCGAGCGGACAAUCACCCGCUCCAAGUCUACUGGCAUGCUGCUCGGCCGCACGCGCAAGCUGCGCACGCACAAGUCGCUGAAGAUGCUUGUCCCCACUGCGAUCAAGAAGCGCAAGGGUGCUGCUCCUGGCACGCCCGAUGUGCCACUCCUCCCAGAGCGCGAUGUGGCGACGCCAACCCCGAGCAAGGAGUACAAGCGCCCUCUUCCUAAGCGCAGCGAGUCGCUGCCCCCGCGUAACACCGACUCGGAGGAGGGCGACAUCAGCCUCAUUGACCUGUCCGAGGCCCAGCAGCAGCAGCACAUCCGCACGUACCGCGACGCCGACGAGCCCUUCUUCCCAUCCAAGCCCGUCCGCCUCACGCUGCUCAACCCGCCCGAGCCUGCCGAGGACGAGACGUUCAGCGUGUACCGCCACCCCUCGGACCGCCGCCUUCUCGAGUCUGCCACCCAGUUCGUCAUCGACGAGGAGGGCAACCCCGUCUCGUUCGACUCGCUGUUCCCCGUGGAGAGGAAGGACGUCGACAAGGCCAACGCGCGCGCCAAGCGCAGCCAGCGCCUCAGCAUCAGCGAGACGCUCCCGCCCCGCACCCUCCUCUUCUUCAUCCGCUCAAUGUGGUGCGGCUUCUGCCAGGACUACACGUCGCAAAGCAUCAACAAGCUCAACCCGCAGGUCAUGGCCGCGCUCAACGUCAGGGUCGUCAUCAUCUGCAACUCGAGCUACAAGAUGAUCAAGCGCUACCGCGACCUGUUCAAGUGCCCGUUCCCGUUCUACUCGGACGAGAGCUCGCGGAUCUACAAGCUCUUCGGCAUGGUGCAGAACAACCUCAUGGUGCCGAUGCCGAUGCGCAAGGCGCCCGGUGUUCGCGAGGAGUACAACCGCAACACGCCGCCAGUGCAGAUGAUGCGCUCGUUCAAGAACAUUGCGCUGCACCUCAACAACUCGAACCCUGGCAACGUGUUCCAGAUGGGCGGCGAGUUUGUCCUCGGCCCAAACUACACAUGCGAGUUUGCGCACCGCAUGACGCUGUACAUGAACCACCUCGAGGCGCGCGAGGUCCUCGGCCGCGUGGUGGACGACGAGACGUUCCGCGACGCCGAGCGCCGCGUCCUCCACAAGGAGCAGGCGGUCAUGCAGAUCGCUGCGGGGCAGACGGCCGCCGGUCCCGCACCAGCCCCAGAGGACGUUGAGAUGUGGCGCGACUCGCGCACCGCCGAGCUCGAGCGCAUGAAGAACAAGCGCAUCCAGCGCCGCCAGAUGAGCCAGUACCUCCCUGACCCGACCGACGCCGACUCGUACGCGGCCGGCGCGGCAGGCUGGGAGUCGUACGUGGCCACCAUGGCGACCUCGCAGCGCAGCUUUGCUCAGCUCCCCUCGUCGUCUGGCGCGCAUAUCGGGUCGCUGAGCUCUGCUCCUCUUGCAGCCCGCUCGUUCACGACCCUUGAGACCGAGACGCUCGAGCUGAGCACACUGGCGACGCACUCGACGUUUGCGCCGUUCGCGCCGACCCUCGGCACCCCGUUCUCGUGCAACACGCUCUCUGACCUGCCCGAGAGCCUGUGCUCUGCCGGCUCGUCGGACCACGCCGUCGACGCGGAAGAUAUCGUCACCCCGCCGCAGGCGAUGCGCGCGAGCACCCAAACCGUCGCGAUGCUGUGGUACGACCCCGACGAGAUGUCGGGCGACAUUGGCGACCGCAAGAGCCACGUCUCGGUGCACUCGCUCGAGGAGAAGGAGUCGUCGUCGUCGUCGUCGUCUUCGGGCGGCGGCAGUGGCGACGCCACACCGCGCGCCAGCCUCAGCCUCGCCCCCAACGCCUUCCCUAUGCCCCCUCGCGCCAGCCAGGUCGGCAUGGCCAUGUAG